AAACAAAUUGAUCUGCGACAGAAAAUCUCUACUGUGCUGAAAGAAAAUGUGAAAGUAGUGCUUUGGAUCAGGCGCAAUUUAUCCGACCAACCGCUGUCGAUAUUUCUGGCUGAGACGUACUCGUGUUUUCUAGAAUUGAAGUUUACGGACAACGUUCAGUUGGGUUUAGAAUUCUUCAUUUUGGAAACAUUAUUUCGUGUUAGGAGAGCUCUCUUUCGUUUCCUUCGCCAUUAUGGUUAAAACGUUUCAAGCGUAUCUCCCUCACUGCCAUAGAACCUAUAGCUGUAUUCACUGUCGGGCUCAUCUGGCAAACCACGACGAACUUAUUUCUAAGGUAGGUGCAAUAUCUUUAUCAAAAUUAAUUGACUUAUACGUUUGAAGAGAUGAUCGUUCGUGGUUCAUGACAACAACACAACCAUAUUGAUUCAAUUCAUUUUAUUUUCAGUCGUUCCAAGGUAGUCAAGGGCGGGCGUACUUGUUCAAUAAAGUGUGAGUAUAAUUUUAUGGUAGUUUCAUUUUCAAUUUAUGGUGUGGGAAGCGAAUUUCGUCUCUGAUUAUCCUUGACGAUUUUUUUUCGCAGAGUGAACGUCGGCUGCGGUCCAGCUGAAGAGCGAGUUUUGUUGACAGGACUGCACGCAGUUGCCGACAUUUAUUGCGAGUGCUGUAAAACCACCUUGGGUUGGAAAUACGUGAGUAUAACUCUUCGAAUUUAAUUUUUUCUUUCGCUUUUGCCGAAUCCGCCAUGUUAUUUUGCAUCAAAUUUCCGCUCGAUAGUAUUGCGUGGGUUUUGCGCGGGAUCGAAGCAAAACAACUCUAAUAUGCAAAUUUUGCCAGGUUCAAAACAUGACAGCAACUAAUGUCUCUGAACGAGUGGUCUAAUCAUGGCUGCAUUUUAUCUUUACUUUCCCCCCAGGAACAUGCCUUUGAGAACAGCCAAAAGUAUAAGGAAGGAAAGUUCAUCAUCGAAAUGGCCCAUAUGAUCAAAGACAAUGGAUGGGAAUAGGCAAAUAAUAAAAUAGAACCUACCACAGUGGACUAAAAAUUUUUUAUAAGCCCUGUGGGCAGACUUUGGAUUUUGUACAGAGAUUAUGUUUUAUUCAUAAUGUUGAAAGAGCUUUUAUACCUAAACAAAACCAUACAGAUAUUCUGGUUUACGAACAGAACAACUGAGACCUCUUUCGUAAAGAAAUCGUGGUCAUUUUCUCUGUAAAUAGAAGAAAUUGCUCAUCUCGGGGUCUGUCUUGCGCAUAUUGCGCUGGUAGUUAUCUCGUGAACGUCAUGAGCUUCCCCUAAGCUUGUAACGAGAAAGCUUGUAUAGUUAAAGUCGUUAAUAUACUUGAAAUCUUGUAAAUAUGAAAAUCAUAUUGUAGGACAUGUUUUAUUUGACUUGUGUGCCGAGGAAGACAAUAUUAAAAUUGUUUGGGUUGGUACAAAUUUAUGUACAUUGACUAAUUCAUCUUCGAAAGAUGUUUGAUAUUCUUAGGGACAAGGAAAUUAUACAGCGAUUGAUUUAUUAUCCGUUAACAAACCAAAUCGGACAAAUUUGAGUGAGGUUUUUCAUUUUUAUCGGCCUCACUCUCGUUUUGAUUGCGUAUCCACGAACUUUAUUGCUUUCCUUUAAAUACGACAGCGCUUUUUGUUUUAGUAACUAAAGAUUUAAAGCAGAUUGUUAUAGGCUUAGCAUUUGCAUAAUGUUGAUAUUUAAUGCUAUCAUUUUCUAGAAGAAACGAAAUUGAAAUCGAAUCCUUCAUCUUCAGGCAAUAUAGAUAGGUUGUAGAUUUAUGAAGUCGCUAGAGCGGAAGGUGGAAUAUUUUCAUAUUUUCAGGAAAAUCGGUCGAAAUAUUGUUCAUGGUAAUUUAACAAAUCUUCUGUUGGAAAAUAAUAACUGCAGUUGUGUCUUGAAUCGAAUAGCCAGCGAAUUUCGGCAUUGAAUGUGGACAUGCACUCUCGAAAGG